CAAUUGCAUAUCCAGCGGGCGGGCGGGAUAGCUUUGGCCCCGCAAUAUUUUGAUGUCAUGGCCAUGGCUUUUCGCAUGCUGGCACACCAGGCCCGAGCUCGAGCCCGGCACAGGUCGACCACCAACAGCUACAUCAACCUUGGCAAGUUCGAGACCAUGGGCGCGGAUGUCGGCCGAGCAGCGACGGGCAUCGCAUAUCUCCAGGAGUCUGUCCAGCUGCAAGAGAUGCAGUACCAAUCGGAGGAGAAUGCCAUCAGAAAGUCUGGCAUCGGGAUGGGCCUUGCCAAGAACUUGCAUGAGGCCCGAGGAAAGCGGAGAUCGGAGAAACUCGGCUCGGCCAAGGUCGGGAGGCAGAAUCACCAGUUGGGCGACACAGCACAGGCCAUUGCCCUGUACGAGCGUGCGCUUGGACUCUUGGAUGAAGCAGUCGGGACAAGAGACUCUGAAAGGGCGUCCAAGGCGCUGAUCUACGCGCGCUUCCUGAAGUCCGAGGUCUGCAGUAGCUUGGGUGUGGCAUUCAACGAUGCAGGGCAGCCUGAGGAAGCUUUGGCGCAGCACCAGGAAGCUUUGCAGCUCCGCAAGGACAUUGUGGGAAAGAACCACUCCAGUGUGGCAGAAUGCCUAAAUAAUUUGGGGAACAUCUACUACCACCGCGGAUCUUUCCAGAAGGCGGCAGAGCAUUUCGAGCAGGCGCUCGAGCUGUUGUCAGAGUCCUUGCGCACCGACACGCCUUUCGUGGCGCUGACUCUGUACAACCUGGGCCUGUGCCGGGCGAACCUGGGGCAGUUGCCGGCCGCUGAAGCCGCCCUGAAGAAGGCGCUGCAGAUCGCAGAGAGGACCAUGCCCUCGAGUCAACAGGCGGACUUAAUCCGAAACACUUUGAGAGGACCGGUGCUUGCCCAUGCUCGGCCUGACUGAGUGGACUGCUGAUGGGCAUACGGCGCAACGCUUCACCGGGUUUGUCUCUAUUCCCACCAUGUAAAUAGUUCACGCUUAACAGGGCGCGAUGAGUUGCCGUUGCAAGUUGUUGCACCAAGCAACAUACCUCGGGAAGAUGGCUUAAGACUGAAAAAAA